UCAAAUGACAUCAUCAUUACGUAGCAGGAAGUAAACCAAAGACUACGGAACCCCGCUUGGUUUAAGCACUCGAACAGAAGCUUAUCUCCUUCUAUUUGGCUGCAUCAAAUAAAAACGCAACCUAUGUGGUGAAUCAGUAACAUAAAGUAAGAGGUAAGUUACGACCUCGUUACCACCGUUAUUUGUAGUACUGCUUAGUUGCAGUUCUUUCAUUAGCAUGGUAGCUACCACAGUGCUAACUUUAUGAUAUUGAUUAUUGGCAUUAUCGUUGAAUUACAACUGUCUUUUGUCAAGUAGACACAAAGGCUAACUGAGCAGCGUCCUCGACGAAUGUUGGAUCUCAUCGUCAAAUGUUGGUUCUUGCCUGUACCGAGAGUAAUACUGUACCGUGGAAAUUACAAUGUGUGAAAAUGUUUGCAAGGACCACAGCAAAGUACGUGGAGGAAAAGGACCAUAGUCGACUGGAAGAUCUUUGGCUGCAGCCUUAUGUUGUCUUACGCAGAGCUGACAUCAGUGAAGUUAAGCAGGAGGAGCCAGAGCUCACUCGUAUUAAAGAGGAAGAUGUGGGCAAAGAGGUCCACCACUUGAAUGAACAAAUGGAGCAGACGUUUGUUUGCAUCAUAAAAAAGGAGGAAGAGACGGAGUGGCCUUGUAUUAAAGAGGAGGAAGAAGACUCCUGCGACAUUAAAAAGGAGGAGGAGGAGGAUAUCUACAAGAUGCCAUCAACUGGUGUUCCUGUGAAGAGUUUAGAUGAGGGUCAACAUGAGGUGAGCAAAGGGGCGGAGCCUCCAACCUGCAGCUCUAGUCAACAAAUGACCAGAGAAGGUGAUGGAGACCACUGUGAAGGAUCACAAGCAGCUCCAGCACCAGAUAGUGAUGAUGUGACGAAAAACUUUUCCUGCUCAGAUUGUGGCCAAAGAUACACUCGGAGGGAACAUUUAAAAAGGCACACAAGAAGCCACACUGGUGAGAAACCUUUUUUAUGCUCAGUUUGUGGCCAAAGAUUCACUCGGAAGGGAACUCUAACACUUCAUACAAGAACCUAAAGAGAAUUCCGAGUGUGUUGGGGAGAUGAGCAAUGAUUUCACCUUCUAUUUGAGUCGUAAUGAAUUUGAGAAUAUAGUUAACCAGCCUCGGGAUGAUGAGUUUUGUAAUUUUCAUCAUACUUGAUGUUUAUUUUGGUUUUAGUUGUGGAUUUUAACUAAUUACUUUCAAUUUAUAUUCCGGGCACGUUGCUGAGUUUCUAUUAGUGUUGAAGGUUUUGAUUUGUUCAGCUUUUCAUGUUAAAGGUUUUGCCCUCAUUUGUCAAGACUUGUUAAGAAGAAAAAUCAGAAGCAAAUGGCACUUUUUUUCUUUAAUAGAUGAAUCAAUUUGUGUAGAAAUGCUGAACGACAAAAUAUGAAAGCAUGUGGAAUGCCUUAAAUCAUGAAAUAAAAUGAGAGUGAAUUAUA